AUGUCAGAUGUGCUUGAACUUCCUCGAUCCAAUUUGGGCACUCCACGGUCUUCGACAAGUAGUGUAACGGACCCAAGUCGACGGACACCUUUGAAGCUACAACACGUAGAGAAGGGCUCAGAAUCCCGACUUCCAGGCCCUCCACAGACCCGUUUGACGAAGAGAAGAGCAGCUUCACUUGAUCUUGACGGUACAAACCACCCGAAGAUAGAAGAUCUUGCCCUCGACAGCCCGAACAAGCACCCAAGGGGAGAGGAUCCUGCUCCCAGCAGUGCGAGCACGGUACCAUCAUCGGCCACUCCCACUCGAGAGCAGGUGUGCCUUUGUCAACCAGAUCCUAAGAUACCGCGUCCUCGAAACGCUUUCAUUCUUUACCGCCAACAUUAUCAAGCCCAAGUUAUCGCUCAGCAUCCCGGACUUGCAAACCCCGAAAUAUCGAAGAUAAUCGGCGAACAGUGGAGGGAACAAGCUCCAGAAGUGAAGAACGAGUGGAAGAGACUUGCGGACGAAGAGAAGCAACGCCACCAGCGUCAAUACCCAGGUUACAGAUACCAGCCUCGACGUGCUGGCAAACCAACCAGCUUACAUCCCAUCUCAUCGUCCACUUCUGACGAUCCUGAACGUUGUCCAAAGUGCAACGGUCGUUACAUCUCUACACCAAGCGCGCCUCCUACUCCGCUUGGGGGAUUCAGCGCUGUAGGUAGCGUUCGGAAAGGCCGUCUCCUGCCCCCUUUCACGCCCUCGCGAGCGACCGAGCCUGACCGAUCACCGUACCCAUCAAGAGCUGAGAACACGAAGAUGGACUCCCCGCGAACCGCGUCAGUCCAUUUACCGGCCCAUCGCCGAGGACCGUACCCCCGCCCAUCACCUCUGCAUGCCCAUAAUGAAAUGGACGAAGAGAUGGACCUUCUGAGCCCUCCACCGGACCAGAAACGGCGAAGAUUCAACCAAGAGAGCCACAGGUAUAAUAAUGAACUGCCCCAUGGCUAUGUAUCAUCCUCGCCAGUAUACUACAAUGCGCCGCCGCCGCGUUUCAGCCGAAACAUGCCCCCUCCGGCGUCAGCUGGAGGUUACCGGCCGCAGCAACUUCCAGGUCCAGGCAUGAUAGCUCGUGGGGGAACAAUGGGGCCACCUGCACAGUACUCCCCUAUGAAUCAGCAACGACAGCACUACCCACCUCAAUUAACCCCGCCAUUUGAUGAGUCUUUGCGCCUUCCUCCUCUACAGACACAACUUUCCAAGCCAGCAGUUGUGGCUCCCAAACGGCCAAAUGUGCGGACAGAUAGUCGUGACAGCCGAGCAAAGAGCGUGGAAGCCAUGGUAAUGACGAUUCCUUACGUCAAUAAGAUUAGAGUCCUCGCAAAGAUAUCCCCCCCUUUCGCCUGUCCUAGCCCUGCUAGCCCAGCCAUCGAUAUGCGCGGAGCAGUUAUUGCGAUCGAAGGGGCCGACAAUGAACUCCUGUCGGAAACCGGGGCUUUUAUCCAGGAGCAUCUUGGUAAUGACACAUCUUGUGCUGUCAAAACUUGGGACACGCCUGCAUGUGCGUCGAGGAGUAGCAGAAACAGCUCCUUAACAGAUUCCGAUAUGAGGGAUGCAAGUGCUUCUACCCCCGCUCCGAUAGCUAUGGCCGAAGAUCAAAAUGCAUUCAUGGAAUACUUGUCAACAAUCCGGGAAUGGCAUAGGAGGUCUCAGGGAAUCAUUAAGCAUAUCACUACAGCUCCUGCCAAAUCUGCUGAAGACAGUUCUAGCAAUGCCUCAUCUGGAACGAACAAUACGAAUGUCUUCCCAAUCGCUCUUGUACCUGGAGGUUUCUCUCUUACCACAUCCGACGAUUUUGCACUUCGCAUCCCGAUCAACGAUUCCUACGCCCCUGUCGACCAUUGGCAAUGGAUGGCCACCUUAUGGCGUGGAAUUGUGGGUCCUGAUCUUACGGUGUAUGUCACCCGAGUCGGACGUGAAGAGAUGAAUAAAUUCGGAGGGGUAGAGAUUCGUAAUGAUUGUUCUGCUAUCAUCGUUCGUGUUUGCGAAGGAGCUAAAAUGGAUGAAAAGACCGCGAGACGACUAGGAUUUGAGGUUAUGGAAUUUGUUAGGGGUUUGGAGUCUGGGUUUGGAAAGGAGUAG